CUGAUAGCGGCCGGCGCGCUGGGGGUGGUGAUGGUGCUGCUGCUGGUCAUCCUCAUCCCGGUGCUGGUCAGCUCGGCCGGCACCUCGGCGCACUACGAGAUGCUCGGCACCUGCCGCAUGGUCUGCGACCCCUACGGCGGCACCAAGGCGCCCAGCACGGCGGCCACGCCCGACCGCGGGCUCAUGCAGUCCCUGCCCACCUUCAUCCAGGGGCCCAAGGGGGAGGCCGGCCGGCCGGGCAAAGCGGGGCCGCGGGGCCCGCCGGGGGAGCCGGGGCCGCCCGGCCCGGUGGGGCCGCCGGGUGAGAAGGGCGAGCCGGGGCGGCAGGGCCUGCCGGGGCCCCCCGGGGCGCCGGGGCUGAACGCGGCCGGGGCCAUCAGCGCCGCCACCUACAGCACCGUCCCCAAAAUCGCCUUCUACGCCGGCCUCAAGCGGCAACACGAGGGCUACGAGGUGCUCAAGUUCGACGACGUGGUCACCAACCUCGGCAACCACUACGAUCCCACCACCGGCAAGUUCACCUGCUCCAUCCCCGGCAUCUACUUCUUCACCUACCAUGUGCUCAUGCGGGGCGGCGACGGCACCAGCAUGUGGGCCGACCUCUGCAAGAACAACCAGGUUCGAGCUAGUGCGAUCGCUCAGGAUGCUGAUCAGAACUACGACUACGCCAGUAACAGCGUGGUUCUUCACCUGGAGCCAGGAGAUGAAGUGUACAUCAAAUUAGAUGGAGGAAAAGCACAUGGAGGAAACAACAACAAAUACAGCACAUUUUCUGGAUUUAUUAUUUAUGCUGACUGAUAAUGAGUAAAAAGACCCACCAAACCAGUCGAGAAACGAAGCCUGCCCUUCUAAGCGAUGGAUUGCGUGGCAAAAGUCAAUGAAACAAGCACCCCAGCAGAGAGUGACCACUGAACACCUCAGCAGUGGGGGGAAAUGUUGAAUGCUACCUGAUUCACAUCUGUACAACACAGAGAAACCUUAUGUUAAAAAACCACAAACCAAGUUAAGCAGAUGUGCGAUCCACUUCCGCCAAAGCAAAUACUUCCUCAUUGUUACGUGUCCAUGUGAAUGAAGUUCUGCCUAGAUCAGAUUUUUAUAGGGAAGGAAAGCCCACCUAAGGACACUGAGUUAUUUCUUCAGUGUAUAUGAUACUUUGAUGUGUUAUGAUCUUGCUGCUUUAUCCAUACUUCAGCUUUGGUUCUUGUGACUUACCUGCUAACAAUGAUGCUUGGAGUCCACUCAUAGUGUGGUGAGGAAUGAUUUUACAAUAAAAGGAAGAGGUAAUCAAAAUAUACUUUCUCUCUGCAAAGAAA